AUGUGUAGUAUAGCUGAAUGUAAUUUGCUACAUAUUGCUGGUUUUACUUCUAAUUCCCAGUGGCAUGUCCUAGAAAUCAAGAAUUUCUACAAUCAAUUGGAGCUCGGUAACAUUCUUACAUUCUUCUUCGUGACCAUAUUGAAAUACUGCGCUUUACUUUUGCGCGAAAAUGACAUUCGUAAUUGUAUCGAUUAUAUUAAAAGUGAUUGGAGAAAUGUGAGAUACAUGGAUGAAAGAAGAAUCAUGUUGAAGAACGCAAACUUUGGCCGUCGGCUGGUGAUCAUCUGCAGCGUCCUCAUAUACGGCGGCGUCACGUUCUAUUAUGUGGCGGUGCCACUGAUUUGCGCGAAGAUCAAAGAGGAAGAUACUAAUUUCAUUUAUCGCAAGCUGAUGUUCCCAGUGUCCAGAGUGAUUGUCGAUGCUCUUCAUAGUUCAGUUAAUAAGAUUUUUUAUUCCAUUCUGUUAUUUGCUGGCUUUAUUGCCCACAACAUCACAGUGGCUGCGUGUAACCUGGCAACUCUCCUCGCAAUUCAUGCAUGUGGACAGCUGCAGGUGCUCGUGUUCUGGAUAAACCGCUUAGUCAAGAGUCGAGAGAACGUCAACGAUAUCAUGUACGACAGAUUAGCUAAGAUAAUACAAUUACACAUGCAUAUCUUGAAGUAA